ACCACCAUCGUCGGCGGACAUGCGAGCGGCUCCCUCCGGUUCUCAGCAUCCACCGGCCGAGCUCCGCUGCCCUGCAGCCACGAGCGCGUGAGGCAAACAAUGCGCCGGCUGCGGUGAUUUGAAGUGGGAUUCGUCUUUUCUUCUUCUUCUUUUCUUUCUUUUUCUUUUCUCUUUUUCUCUGUUUUGUUGUUGUUUGAUUGCUCUUUCAAGUCGCUCCGAGCAAAGUGUGGGGCACUGCUCCGGAGAUCCAGAUCCACGCGCCGGGUACACGGUUUUCUUUUUUUCCGGGAGGGGCGGGUGGUCUGAAGGUCUCCCGUUGAAGAACCCGCCAUGGUCCUCCUGCGGCUCUCCCGGCUCGUCCUCGCGGUCGCGGCCCUCGUCCCUCGUCCAUCCGCCGGAUGCCCCUCCGGCUGCCGCUGCUACAGCCUCACGGUGGAGUGCGGCUCUCUGGGGAUCAAAGAAAUCCCCCAGGGCGUCCCCUCCGUCACAGAGACCAUCUUCCUCCAGGACAACGCUGUCGUGCAGAUCCGUCUUCAGGACCUGACUCGCCUCGACAGCCUCCAUUACCUCUACCUUCAGAACAACAGCAUAUCGGCGCUGGAGCCCGGGGCGUUCCUCAGCCAGGGGCAGCUGCUGGAGCUGGCCCUCAACGGCAACCUCAUCCACCUGGUCACCGCGGACAUGUUUCGGGGUCUGGAGCACCUGCGGAUCCUGUACCUCGCCGGGAACCAGAUCACCCGAGUGCAGGACCACACCUUCAGGGGACUGCAGCGUCUGCAGGAACUCCACCUGCAGGAGAACAGCAUCGAGCUGCUGGCGGACGAAGCUCUGUCGGGCUUGUCCUCCCUGGCCCUGCUGGACCUCAGCAGGAAUCACCUCCGCACCCUGGGAGCCUCGUCCCUCACACCACUCGUGAGCCUGCAGGUGCUCCGUGUCACAGAGAACCCAUGGCGCUGUGAUUGUGCCGUGGGCUGGCUGAGAACUUGGAUCAGCGAGGGCGGCCAGCGCCUGUUGAGCUCUGCCGAACAGCGCCGGCUGAUGUGCUCCGAACCGCCUCGCCUCUCCCACCUCAGCCUGGUGGAGGUGGCUCCCAACAGCCUGGUCUGCAUCCCCCCCGUGGUGCAGCUCGAGCCCAGCCACCUGACCGUGCGACUAGGGGAGAGCCUCCGGGUGUCCUGCCAGGCGUCGGGAUACCCUCAGCCUCAGGUGACCUGGAGGAAAGCCUCCCACGGCAAGGCCCAGUUGUCGCCUCGAGGCCUGGUGCAAGAGCUGGGACCCGACGGCGAGCUCUUCAGGCCCGGAGCUGGAGGAGUGGUGACGGCCCUGCCCAGCAGUGCCGGGAUCAAGGUCGGGGGCGCCGGAGGAAUCCAGGCACUUGUGCGUGGGACCGAGGAGGGCGGCGAGAGGGACAGCUUCGACCCGGACAUGGGCAGCGGCAUGCUCUUCCUCAGCAACGUGACCGUCGCGCACGCCGGCCGCUACGAGUGCGAAGCCUGGAACCCCGGCGGCGUGGCCAGGGUUACCUUUCACCUGGCCGUCAACAUGUCCUCUUCGUCGUACUCGUCCCAGUUCUGGCCUCGUUUGAACAUGCACUCCUUCGCUCCCUCCUCGUCCAACUCCUUCGACCAGCCGGAGGUUCUGGAUGUGAGCCAGGAGCUGCUCUACGAACAGGACAGCAUGGACUUCUACGCUCUCGGUCCCGCCACGCAGACCGCCAUCGCGGUCGGCAUCUCCCUGCUGGCGCUAACCGCCGUCCUCCUCUUGAUUAUGAUCUACACUCGUCACCAGCGGUACCGCAAGGAAGAAGGCGGCUCCUACUGCACCAGCAAGGAAGAGAGCAUCCUCUACGUGAACGACUACUCCGACGGGCCCACCACCUUCGCACAGCUGGAGGAGUACCGCGACGACCGCGGCCACGAGAUGUACGUGCUCAACCGCACCAAGCCCGUCGUGGGCUCCGCUUCGUCCAGGUGUCCCAUGAUGAGUGGGUUCGUCCAGCAGAAGGGUAUGACGGAGGCCCUCCUGGACCACGAGAUGGUGCAGACACUGACCAGAUCAGGGGGACUGGGGCUUCGCAGAAACCCGGCAGACGGAGGCGAGGGACCCCUCACAACAGACCCAGAAGAGCUCUUCCUCAGUCAGAGUCUCCUCUUCGGAUCGCAGGUGGCCUACGAGAUCCACUGUUAAAGGGUUUUAAGUGAGAGAAAUGUGCUGGUGGACUUAAUUAAAGACAGUGGAGGAAAUCACCUUGGUGCAACGAUUCGAAGCAUUCGAUUAUUAUUUUGUCUUCAAUAAAGCAUUAGUUAGUGGAUGCUGGGAGGGAAACCUGGAUCACAACAAGUCUCUCGGAGAUUGAUUGUAAGACAUUAAGAUGGGUCAGAGGGAUAACGGUGAUAACUAGGGAUAAUUAACAGCAGCACCAUACAUCUCUGUCUCCACGUCUAGACUUUAAAGAGAAUUAAGAGGGGCUAACUUUAUCAAAAAUGGUUUGUAUGACAGUUCAUCUAACUCCUCACAGCGGACGCUGAGACGGUGCAGCACAUAGUGGCAAUUAACCGUAGGGAUUCAAACAGUGAGUCAUGUUUUGGACUUUUUCUUGUUUUGUCUGUGUUUGUCGGUGUUUUGUGUAAAUAUAACGAAGCUCAUUUUCACUGUGAAGUACAGCUGUCUCGUGGACCCUGUUGCAGAUGCCAUUCGAAUUUUAGCGAAAAAACAAUCCUCUUACUGGAACUACAUCGUCAUUACCCAUAUGUGUGAGUGGGCGUGGGUGGGAGGAUUCGUUUAAAUAGGUUAUUUUUGUAUUGCAGCAAUUUUUUUUCCUUUCUUUUUUUCUCCAUUUCCACCACAGCAUUGUUUUCCUUGAUUUUAACAUGUGUUCUUUUUUCUACCUUUUUGUUGGAACAAACAAAGGAAUCAACAUUUCUCUAUUGUUUGAAAUGGAAUCUUUGGUGGAAUUAAUCCGUCUGUAACAACCGUUCCAGUGUGAAUAGAAUACUGUACAUUUUGUCUUCAGUUUCUUCUUAAUAAAAAUGUAUUUUAAAAGAACUGGUGCUCCGUUUCUUACCAGUCGGCCGGUCUCUCUAACACAGCUGUUCUCAUGAUUCUGCAGCCAAACUGUACUUACAAAAAAGCCUAUUGCUUUUCUCCCUCUUCUUAUUCUUGCACUCAACCCAUGACAUGAAGCAGAUGAGAGUGAAAGAUGUGUUUUAGACUGUGGCUUUCGGUCACCGUGCCGGGUCCAUGGUUCAUAAACUCUAAACUCAUUACCUCUGCUGCCAAGCACUGGGGCCUCAGUUGUGCCUUCAGAGCUACUCGUGGACGAUAGGGGGGAUGCUUUUGUCAAUGUUUUUUUAAAUGCCAGAUUUGUGCUGUAUGCCAAGACCUCGAGCCAUAUUGAUUCUCAUUCAAACAUGUCAGUAUUCUUUGAAAAGGACUUCCAUUUUCUUGUAACAACUGUAUUAAAUGCCAUGGUUAUUUCAUAAGAACUC